AUGGGCAGCAUCGCACCCGACGACGUUCGAUUCAUGGUGUCUCUCUCCGAGUACGGCACCAUCCUCUCGCGGUUUUUCGAAAAGAUCGACUUCCACCUGCCCAAACCCUACUAUGACAGUAACAUCGAGCCGGCGCUGGCCAAGUACAUUGAGGAGCAGCCGUGGUCGGAGGAGUUGAAGACGCGGGCAGCCAAGUAUGCUAAACAGGCCGUAGGCAUCGCGUCGUGGUACCCGCGAGCAUCGUUUGCGGUUCGCUUCAACUGCGUGGUCAUUACGCUCCUGGUCAUCAUCUACGACGAGCAUUACAUGACCUUCGGCGAUGCAGGGACCGAGUUUUCCCUCCGGCUGGUGCGCGGACUGCCGCAGAAAGCGCCCUUUCUCGACUCCUUAGCCAGGUUCCUGCAAAACACGGACCAGUAUCUAGGCCCCUACGGCUCGUCCAUGGUCAUCAAGACUACAUUGGAGUUUGUUGAGGGCACCAACGUGGAGAACGACUUCAGCGAGGCAGUGCCCCCCAACGCCCUCCGUUUCCCACGAUACCUCCGCGUGAAGACAGGCUUCGCAGAGACAUACGCCCACGCCAUCUUCCCCAACGACACCUUCCCCGAGCACAAGUACCGCAAGCUGUACCUCCCGGCCCUGUCGCCGCUGUGCGACGUCAUCGACUUCACCAACGACAUCCUGUCCUUCUACAAGGAGACCAUCCGCGGGACGGAGCGCAUCAACUACAUCUGCAAUGUCGCCAACACGACGGGGUCAAGCGCCCUACGAUGUCUGCAGGAGACGGUGGAUGCGGUGGAAAGCAGAAUUCAUGAGAUACACCGCAUUUUGGAGUCUUAUCCCGACCUGCUUGCGCACUGCAAUGACUAUCUUGCGGCGUAUAUCGGGUGGCAUAUUCGUACGACUUCACGGUACUUCCUUGACGAGGUCAGAUUCAUGGCUUGGGUGAAUGUGACGGAUCUGGUAGAAUCGACUCCACCGAGCGCUCCAGCAAAUGCAAAGGCAAAGGCGAAGGCGAAGGUGAACGGGGUGAUGCCUGAUGCGAAUACGCUGGUGACAGCGGGAGCUUCAUAG